UCUCCAGCCGAGAGUUGUUUUUUGCAGCUACCGAGCGGAGCCGCAGCAGGAGGAGCCGAGACCCCCCGGGGGGGCGGGGAGAGGAGGCGGGGUCCGGGGAGCCGCGGCUGCUCUGCGCGGGGCUCCGGGUCCUGUCACGGCGCUUCCUGGGGUUGGAGGUUGGGGUGGGUGGGGGGUAAGGGGGAAAUCUUUCUCCCCCUCGACGGCGGCUCUGAGUCCGGCCCCUUCCUUCCCGCGCUCUCUCUUCUGACCCCCAGCCCCCUCAUGAGGGUGUCCGUGCCGGGUCCGGCUGCCGGCCGCGAGCCCUCGACGCCCGGAGGCGGAGGCGGAGGCGCCGUCGCUGCCGCCUCAGGCGCCGCGGUGCCGGGCUCGGUGCAGUUGGCGCUGAGCAUCCUGCACGCCCUGCUCUACGCCGCGCUCUUCGCCUUUGCCUACCUGCAGCUGUGGCGGCUGCUUCUGUACCGGGAGCGGCGGCUGAGUUACCAGAGCCUCUGCCUCUUCCUCUGUCUCCUGUGGGCAGCGCUCAGGACCACCCUCUUCUCCGCCGCCUUCUCUCUCAGCGGCUCCCUGCCCCUGCUCCGGCCGCCCGCUCACCUGCACUUCUUCCCCCACUGGCUGCUCUACUGCUUCCCCUCCUGUCUCCAGUUCUCCACGCUCUGUCUCCUCAACCUCUACCUGGCGGAGGUUAUAUGUAAAGUCAGAUGUGCCACUGAACUUGACAAACACAAAAUUCUGUUGCAUUUGGGCUUUAUAUUGGCAAGCCUUCUUUUUUUAGUGGUGAACUUGGCUUGUGCAAUGCUAGUCCACGGAGAUGUCCCAGAAAAUCAGUUGAAAUGGACUGUGUUUGUUCGAGCAUUAGUUAAUGAUAGCCUGUUUAUUCUUUGUGCCAUCUCUUUAGUUAGUUACAUAUGCAAAAUUACAAAAAUGUCAUCAGCAAAUGUCUACCUCGAAUCAAAGGGUAUGUCUCUGUGCCAGACCGUUGUCGUAGGCUCUGUAGUCAUUCUUCUCUACUCUUCAAGAGCUUGUUAUAAUUUGGUGGUGAUCACCAUAUCUCAGGAUACAUUAGAAAGUCCAUUUAAUUAUGGCUGGGAUAAUCUUUCAGAUAAGGCUCAUCUAGAAGACAUAAGUGGAGAAGAGUAUAUAGUAUUUGGAAUGGUCCUCUUUCUGUGGGAACAUGUGCCAGCAUGGUCAGUGGUACUCUUUUUCCGGGCGCAGAGAUUAAACCAGAAUUUGGCACCUGCUGGCAUGAUAAAUAGUCACAAUUACAGUUCCAGAGCUUACUUUUUCGACAAUCCAAGACGAUACGAUAGUGAUGAUGACUUGCCAAGACUGGGAAGUUCAAGAGAAGGAAGUUUAUCGAAUUCGCAAGGUUUGGGCUGGUAUGGCACCAUGACUGGGUGUGGCAGCAACAGUUACACAGUUUCUCCCCACCUGAAUGGACCUGUGACAGACACUGCUCCAUUGCUGUUUACUUGUAGCAACUUAGAUAUGAGCAAUCACCAUAGCUUGUAUGUAACACCACAAAACUGAGAGCAUUUCAGAGAUGUGAUUCCACCAUUGUCUUACAUGAACGUGUAUAUUCGAUGUGUUUAAAUUCCACCUACAUAAACAUUCCAUUAUCUGUCGCAACUGAAAACAAAGCCUGGAAAUGUGGCUGUGUUCAGCAGAGGACACACCUGUUACUUUUGACUUCAUACAAAGUAAAGUAAAAUGGGAAGUGUGGAGUGGGAGAAAAGAGGGAUUCGAUUUUAAGGCACUUGAUGGUUGCAAACACCCUGACUCUGGAACAUCACAUGCAUAUUUGCAUAUUUGCACUUUUAUCUUUGUCCUGAAAGAAUACACCGCAGUCCCCAAAGUCACACUCCAGUGUUCACACUGGGAUAUUACACUGUACACCUAAUUAGGAGGCAAUUUUCCUAUGAAAAAUCAAAGCCUGUAUAUUCAGUGGUGUAUUCUAUGCAGAAUUUUUACCCAAUAAAAAUUUUACAGUGUGAACAGUGCACAGGAUUAAGGUGUAACAAUGUAUCAUUCUUUUUUAAAAUCUAAAAUAUAUGUAAUCAUUGAAGAUAGUUCUUUUAAGCAUGAUUGUAAAAUACCAACUGAAAUUAUUCAAUCAUUUUUUUUUAAACGACCAUAGUAAUCCUUUUCAGUGAUGACUGGCAGUGUUCUUUGGAAGGCCACAGGCAUUUCUUCAAGAAGAAAGUAUACCGGUGAAAAUUAUGUGGCUAUUUUGAGUAGAAUUGGUCAAGUGAUUAUUUUGUAUGAUUAAGAUAUCUGUAGUAGUUUAAGCAUGAUUCUUCAAGAAAGCAAUAGUGAUUUUUGCAUAGGGAUAUUUUGGUAGAAACUUCUUGGGACUAAACAAGUUUACAGAUGCAUUUAAGAAUUAUUCAUAAAAUGUACGAUUCUAAGUUAAAACAUGAGUACAUUUUCAAAGCAUUGGAUUUAGCUGAACAAGAUAUAGCUGAUUGUACCUAUUGAAUCAGAAUUGUCCUCAGGUAAAUUAAAUCAUGAUACAUUAUUGCAGUAAACUCAAGUGCAAUACUUCGUAAGACAUAUAAUUCCUCCUUUAGUUUUCCCGUUUUUAUAUCUUGUAAAUGAGCAAAGCCAGAUCAAAUUUAAUUCAAAUUAAUUCCAGCACUGAAUAAGCAAACUGACGCAAAGGUACUAACUAGGUAAGUAUAAAACCACUGUUUAACAAUAUUGAAAUACUACUAGAAUUAUAUUAAAACUGUCUUGAAUGUCCUAUCCCAAAUCUAAAAAAAUAUAUAUAUGGUAGGCUAAGGUAAUAAAGGAUUUUAAAAUGCACUUUCUACCAGUAUCUAUACGGAAAGAAGUAGAUGCUGAAUACCUCAAGAUGCCAAGGGAACAGGCAACAUUGGGAAGUUGUCACAACAUGCUUAAAGACGACCAGCUACGUAAAAUUGUCUGCUGAUCUGUUUCUUCAGAACUGAACUAAUACAACUGUCCUUUUCUGUCUUCUACUUUGGUUAGAAAGUUAUGUUUUAUUUGUACUCUUAAAAUACCUUUCGAUGGAAAAAAACACCAUUCAAUGUUUUAAUAAUUGCUUAUUUAGUAACUUCACAAAAGUUUAACAGGAACAAAAGAAAUUUUUAAUACUUUCGCUCUUUUGAAAGGCUGGUACAUAGCCAAAGAAAUUCCUUCUUUUUAUCAUACAAAAUGAUUUUGAACUCAAUCAGAAGCAUAAACCUAGCUAUGUUACUUUGGCUUUGUUUAUAAGUUCUCUUGUUGUGACCAAAUUCUUUAAAAAUGUAUAGUACAGAAGUUAACCUUAGUAUUUACAUGACAACGUAACAUGCACUUAACUGAGUAUAUUUUGAGGACAACUUCAGUUGCUAAAUUUCUUUUCAGAAUGCCAACUAUUUAUUUUCCUAAUAAUGUUGGGUAUCUACCUAGAACUAUCUGAAAAGAUAUCUCUGUGAAUCCUUGGGGUUCAAAGUAAAUAAGGUACAUUUUUUCUAAGGCCUCCCUAGGUAGUUUUCCUAUUUGACCAGAUAAGCAAAGGUUACUUUAAAAAAAAAAAAAAAUUCCAGGUAAAAUAUCUUGGUUCUUUCAGCUACAUUUGUGGAUUCUUCCAAAUUUCAGAUUUGUAUAUUUCUUCUUAUCCCUAACUAGGGUACCUGAAUUCUUACAUUUGUCUCCUUACACGCAUCUCCCAUAAUACAUCACCAAAGACAAAGAAAGAUAAGCUUCUGGCCCAAUUAUUUGCUUAAAAAUUCCAAAGCACUAGGAGCACUUUAAGUUUGGUCUCGAAAGAAGGAGUUGAUGAAAUCAAAGGGCUACCGAUUCCCUGCUCAUCCUGCACUGAAGCACAUGAUGACAAUUUCAGACCUUCUUUUUCGGUUAAUUAGAAUGGUGAAUUUCAUUGCUUAAGUGUGUAAUUCUACAGUGAUUAGCAGUACUUGUUUUUAUUGUUUCAUUUGGGUGGUCAUUAAUUUUGAGACUCUUACCACUCAUUAUAGCUGGUUGUAGUUUUAUGAAAGAUGUAAUUUAUAGUUAAAGUGGCUUUUUUAUGCAUAGCUGCCUUUUUUAUUGUUUAACAGUGUUUCUCAGCUAUACAGUCAGUUUCAAACUGGUCAUAAAAGUAUAGCUGUGGCCAAUGAAUGUAUUUAUUUGUUGUUUCACUAAAUGGUAACAAAACACUACUGUUAAAAAUAAAAGUGUUUGUGCUUUUA